UUGGACACGCCUCCUGACAAAACGUCACAUCCAAACAUGGCAGCUUACUUGAGCCGGUUACACCACAUUUCGCUUCACGUUUCUAACGUGGAGAAAAUAGCGAACGACCUUGUCUCUAAAUUCAAGUUUAAUUUGUUUGCUACCAGACUAACCGACAGGUCCAGGCAGCUGGCUUUCAGAAAAGGAGCGGCAGUUUUCGUCGUGAAUGAGAGACCAAACCAGAGUAGUGUGAGAUUGAAUGAAGAGCUACCGUUACAGGGCAUCACUAACACAUAUUCAACUGUUUCGAAAUACAGCCAGGAUAAUUGUACGAAAUGUCUUUACGAUGUGAGCCCAUAUUACUCGGUGGAUACUGUAAGCAACGUGUGUUUCGAGGUGGAGGAUGUGGAAAGGUCAUUCAGAGCUCUUCGCCAUCUGGGCUGCAAUUUCCUGGUGCCUCCCACGACAGUUACGGACGAGAGUGGUCUUGUCACCUACUCUGUGGUUAAAUCUGUUGUGGGAAAUGUGUGCCACACACUAAUCGACAGGACAAAAUACGAGGGAAGCUUCUUGCCUGGGUUUGAUGUCAUUGAAAAGCACUGCUGCUUGGAAGAAGAGGACAUGUCUUGUCCAAUCACUCAUUUUGAUCACAUAACUUAUGCCUGUCCCAGGAAAACAACCCACCAGGUCAUGGGGUGGUAUGAGAAGCUCUUUGGUUUUCAGAGGUUUUUCAUUGAUAGUAAUGAAGAUGUGGACAAAGGUUUUGUCGUAAACCAGGAGGGCAUUGGACUACGUCUUACCGCCAUGGAGUACUGGAAAUGCAGCAAAGCAGGCAUCGCUCUCCCCUCUGUGGACAAAAAAGAGCCUGACUGCAAGUUUGUCAUUGCAGAAUCACUGCCUGAACAAGGCAGGAAUCAGGUUGACACCUUCUUGGAGAAGCACAGGGCCCCAGGGAUCCAGCACAUUGGGCUGUACACAAAAGACAUUGUUUCUACUGCACAUGCGAUAGCUGAAGCUGGUGUCCAGUUUUUCUCCCCUCCUCCUGCCUACUACACCAAGGUGGGAAAACGGCAGGAGAUAGAGGAGGCAGGACACAGCCCCCAGAUGCUGGCGCAGCAUGGCAUUCUCCUGGACACAGACCUGCACCAGGAUCCCUCAUCACAGGCAGAAUACCCUGAAAACAAACGAUACCUUCUUCAGGUGUUCACCAAGCCCAUCUUUGCAGACGACACCUUCUUCCUCGAGCUGAUAGAGCGAAGAGGGGCGACGGGUUUUGGUGAGGGGAACAUCAGGGCACUGUGGAGGUCGGUGCAGGCACACAUGGAGAAUGAGAGGGAGGAUUCUCAAGGAGAGGGAUCCCCAAAAACGGUGCAAACUGCUCAGUAUUAGUCACUCCAAACAUUUUUAGCUGAGGUCAUUUGUAUUGCAUGGAUUUUUUAUAUAUCAAUGUGAGAGCACAUAUUAGGGAAAAAAUAUGUUAAAUGUAAAAAAGAUGUAAUAUAUUUACAGAAGAGUUUUCCACAAAUGCUCUUUAUUUCAGUAGUGGAUUUGGUGGUAAAUCUUAAGUUACACCUUGCACUGUUAACAAAGUACAGAUUAUAUAUUGUAUUAAUAUAUAGCUUUGAAUGUGACUUAACAGAUUAAAGACUUAGAACUGCACUGUGAACAAAGUGGUACACUCGAAAUGUUACAACAAAAAUACACUUGCUGUAGCAGUAAAAGAAUGUCUUUGUUUUCACUGUGUCAAAGCAAAACAACUGACUGACUCCAGAGCAACUGUUCCUUAAUAAAUCUGUUACUCACAGUA